AUGGGGCCCCAUUUCCAGUAAGCAGCGUGAAUUUAGCCAAAGAAAGCUGAAAAAUAAUAAAGACUUCUCCAUAGAUAAUGCUCAUACAUGGGGAAUGGGAUUGGAGAAUUCAACAGAGGGACCCUAUUUUAUAACCUGCAAAAGUUGACAAAAACUACCAGCCCCCCCACUGCUCAGGCCAACCAAGCCCAUUUUCUCUCUUUCUCUCUAUCUCUUGCUCUGGCUCUUUGGUACUGUACUCCCUCUGUGUUCUAUAAAGAACUGAAAUGUAUCUUUCUUUCUAGAUUCUCUCUGCAAAUUCUGAGCUCUUAUAUGCCUGCCUCUGCGAAGUUUUUUUCUUGAGAAUCCUCAAAUAUUCUUUUUAAACCCUUUUUGCUCUCUUCCUUUUUAGAUAAAAACCUCGCCAAUUUUCUCUUUUCUUUACUUUUGUUUUUUGUUUUCUCUCUUCUUGGCUCCUUGUGCUGCCCCCCACAACAUGGAUGAGUGGAAAAGAAGUGGACAAAUUCCAGCAUUUGGAGACUGGGAGCACGCAAAUGAGAUGCCAAUAACUCAGUACUUCGAGUGUGCAAGACAAGCAGGCUUGAUUCGAUACAGUUCCUCUGGUGAAUGUGAUCAAUACAUGCGUGGUGAUCUGUAUGCUACCCAUUUCAAGAAACCUUCUCGUGAACUUGCUCCUCCAAGAAAGACAAGAGUGAGACAGAGAAGAGUCUCACAUGGCAACAAGGAGCCAAAGAAACAAGGCAAAGUUUGUGACGUGACAGAACCGCCAAGGAAACAACAGCAUCAGCAGAAAACCAUGUCGAUGUACAAUGUGUCAGAAAACAAAAAUGGAGUUUCAGUUCAUCCACGUCCUAAAUUGUCUGUUAGACCUCCUAAGCCUGUCGAUGAAGAUCUCUACAAAAUCCCACCGGAGCUCCUCCGUUCUUCCAAGCGGAAGAAGAAGGUGACAGGAUUCUUUUCAUGCCUUGUGCCUGCUUGUGCUUCGUAAACUUUGCAGCAUUUUGAAGAUGCUUUUUGUCAAGAGACUCUUUUUAUGUGAAGAAGAAGAAGAAGAAGAAAGUGGAACAGAGAUCUGUGCACAUUUUUGUUUCGUUUGGUAGAAUGUUUGAUAUGGUAGACUAUGAAUUACUGUUAUUUGACCUUAUUAUAAUACAAAUUCAUGUCUCUUUUCCA